AUGGGACAUCCGGCUUGUCUCAUGCCCGGCGUCCUGGCGCAUGAUGGAUCCUCCUCUGACACCGAGGAUCGGCUCGCGCAUCACGAUUCGCCAAGACCUCUCGCCCUGCUCAAGCGAGCUCUCGCCUCUGACAACCGGCCAUCUCUGCUCUGUGUAGCAGCCAACGGCGCCCGCAGCUCCUUCGGCACCUCCCGUACAGCAGGAACGACGCAUCACGCGGACCCAGUCUGGGGCCAUACCAGUUAUGCGAUUGAUCCAUAUGAACUCUUCAAUGCAUUCUUUGGUGGUUCUGACAAGCUUUUUGGGGAUAGUAUGGGCUCUGGGGGAUUUCAUUGUAGCGCAGAAGCAAAGGGCACUAGGGCACUUAAUAUCAGCUAUAAUCUGCUCCUUUCUUUUGAAGAAUCCAUCCUAGGAGGCAAACGUGAAAUCAAUGUUUUUCGCCAUGAAACAUGUGGCACCUGCCAUGGAACUGGAGCUAAAUGUAGCAAUGACAUUACAGAAUGCACCCAAUGCAGAGGUCAAGGCAGGUUGAUGAAAACUCAAAGGACACCUUUUGGUAUAGUUUCUCAGAUAUCUUCAUGCUUAAAUUGUGAAGGCAGGAGGAAGGUAAUUACUGAACAUUGCACAGAAUGUUAUGGUUCAGGCAGAGUCCAAGUUGAACGCAUUAUCAAAGUAGAUAUACCUGGAGGUAUUGAUGAUGGCUCCACCAUUCGAAUUCAUGGUGGAGGUAAUGUUGAUAAGCAAAGGGGUGCAAGUGGUGACCUGUAUAUAUUUGUUCGCAUUAAUGAAAAACAAGGCAUCCACAGAGAUGGUCUCAAUUUGUACUCAGAUGUUUCAGUUGAUUAUACUGAUGCGAUUUUAGGAACCACAGUGAAGGUUGAAACAAUAGGACCCAAGGAUCUUCACAUUCCUCCUGGAACUCAGCCUGGAGAGAACUUAAAAUUUUCUCAACUGGGAGUUCCAGACAUUAAGAAGCCUAAUGUCAGAGGAGAUCACUACUUCAUGAUAAUGGUGAAGCUCCCGAAGAGUAUCAGUGGCCAGGAACGUUUGCUAGUUGAAGAGCUUGACGCGCUAAAGAAAGCUCAGAAUAUCUCAGUUCCAGGGAUGAUAAAGGCGAUCAGAGAUUUGCUUCAAUCAGUGCUCAACCUAUUAUCCCAGGAUGGAAUUCUGGCCGAGGAACUGAUACUGCUGUUCUCUUGCUGUUAA